AUGCGUUCCUUUAAGAGCCUGAUUAAAACGUAUGCUCUCCUUCUUCCCUCUUUGGUCCUGGCACAGGCACCUACAAAAUUAGGGGACGCAAUCGUUUUCGGCCAAGGUGGAACCUAUCCUCGCGCCAUCAAACUUGCAGACGGAAAGACGCUGCUGGGCGUGUAUACCGCCACAACAGGCGCCAACACUACACUGACGACCGUGCGAUCAACGAACAACGGAGCCUCGUGGCAACCCAUCGGCAUUGUCGACACGGGUUCGAAAGCCACCAAAGACGUCGACAACCCAUACGUGUACGAACGUCCAGACGGAAAGCUUCUGUGCGCCUUCAGGAACCACGAUCGAAGCGGAAAUGCGUACAGCUUUUAUCGCAUCACGGUAUGCAUCUCUGAGGACGGCGGAGUGAAUUGGAAUUUCCUGCAAACUCCAGCAUCGGAUCCUGGCGGCCUAACUGGAAACUGGGAACCUUUCCUCCAGCGCGCGCUAGAUGGCUCGUUACAGCUCUACUAUUCUCGCGAGACUUCCGGUACCGAUCAGGAUAGUUUACUGCGACGCUCGACAGACGGUGGAGCUACCUGGUCCUCUGCAGAUGUCAUCUCAGGAGCGGGUAUCGAGACGAGAGACGGCAUGCUAGGCGUUGCGCAUACGCCCAAUGACAGCAGCCCGGCGAAAGUAGCCAUUUUCGAAACGGGCAAUCCUUCAAAGGGGGUGCCAUUCAGUGUCUGGACUGUGCGGACUGAGAACGAUGGAGCAAACUGGAGUGAGCAGCGUACACGCGUGUAUCAGCCUGAAGGUCACAACGCUGGGGCACCGCAGAUUAUACGAGUUGGCGAUAAGCUUGUAGCAAGCUUUGGGACGGACGAGGAUGGUGGUGCCUGGCCUUCAGGCGCGAUCAAGGUCAUGGUAAGCAGAGAUGGUGGCAAGACUUGGGCCGAUAAGACGACAGUGGUUGGACCAUCGGCAGCAUGGGCAGGCUUGCUGGCUUUGGACGAUAGCAGCUUUCUGGUUUUAUACGAAAAAUCUGGGACGAGCUAUGCACAGAAGUUGAGUUUUUAG